UGUUCACUUCACGUGUCAAAUAUGUCAAAUACCGAAUUCGAACCACACUUUCCCAAGAAAACUACAAAAUAUAAGUGUAAGCUACGAAGUAAUAUGAAGUAUGUAUGUAUUGCCUACUUCUUGAUAGCGAACGACGAGUAGAGUGUAGGCGGUCUAAAUGGUGGAGUGCACAUAGCUAGAACACACACUCAUCGUUCAGAACGCGUCAAUGUAGGGCAUUAACGUUGUCAAAACCGCAUCCUAUCCUCUCCUAUGCAAGACACCCUUGAGAUACACGAUGAUGAAGGUGGGUAUACUAGAAGAUACAUCCUUUGAUCAGGUCCUCUUUCGAUCAGGCCUCAGGCCCACAUAACCACACGAUCGAUUUCUUAACCGCCUCCGCCACGUACUCCGACGUGAGGGGCAUACCCACCGGCGGGCAGUGCAUGAAUAACACUUUCGUCUGCUUGUCGGUCUGGUGUUUUGCGUUGCGUUUUGCUUCAGCCAGCGAGCAGUAAUAAAUAAAGUCGCAGAGAUAAUGUCCUGCAUCCAUCGAUCCGUAUAUUUGCUGCCGGCCAAGAGAGGGUCAAUCGAGUGCCACUCGUCGUCCGAUACGUAUAUGAUAACCAUACCUCUAUGCCUACUUUCUUAAGGUGUGCGACAAGCUUCUCAACGUCUACGACGGUAUAAAUUUCUUCCUGAAACGUCUCGUAGCCCUUUCCAAAGCCGCGCUUGGGAGGUUCUGAGGGAUCUGUAGGAGGUUCGAUGUGGAAGUCACCGAGUCUGGCUCGUUCCAUCAUUUCGGCCUCGGAGGGAGGCGCCUUGGCUAUGACGACUCCAGCUGGCGCGGUGGCAUCGCCGACGGUGGCGAUGUUAGCCUCCUCGUGAGUUAUGCGGACAAUGGGGGCAAGGUUCCCGUUGGCGUCCUUCAUGUUAUAGCCAAAUUUAUGACCCAACCUUUCCAUGCGAAGAGGGCCACGACCUGCGACACCAACGUGGACAAUUAGAUCGUAGCCUUCGGGAGGUGGCAACUCCGUGCCAGGUUCAGUGUUUUCGGGGAGAGUCGGCGAGCGAGUAUGCAGACCCGGAACGAUAGCGAGAACAUCCUCGUAUACUGCAGGAACCUCGAGAGCGGUGAUAUGGACCCGACGUGGUUGAUCUGGAAUGAUGAUAUCUGGGUCAGCUUCUGUAGGAGCCGGAAGGGGGUCGAGAUCGAGGAUGGCGUUGUGAAGGGGCUUGACCGCGAGCCAGGACGGGUUUACUUUAUACCGGGCAAACGGCUGCAUCCACCAUCGCCCUCAAGUACUCCAAAGCCGUCUACUCCGCCGCCCUCGCAAAGUCUCCCCAGACCCUCAACAAAGUCCAUCCGUUCUCAAGCAAUCCCAAGCUGCUCAGCAAGCCAACCCUCCACCAAGCGACUCAAAGGCGCCGCGGCCAAGGCGCAAGCUAACGCGCCUCUAUCUGAAAAGCUUCGCCCACGGAACCUGUCAGACUUUGUCGGGCAAAGGCAUCUCACCGGGUCUGACUCCCUCUUGAUGAAUCUUGCAGAAAACGGAUCGCUAGGGAGCCUCAUUUUCUGGGGGCCGCCGGGGUGCGGCAAGACCACGCUGUCCCGGCUGCUCGCCCGUCAGGGCGAUGCGGUCUUCAAGGAGCUGAGCGCCACUUCGUCGGGUAUCAACGAUGUUCGGGUUGUCUUUGAGGAAGCGAGAUCGUUGCUGACUCUGACAGGCAGACGGACGAUCCUGUUCCUCGAUGAGAUCCACAGGUUCAACAAGGCGCAGCAGGAUAUAUUCUUGCCUUACAUUGAACAGGGCCAGAUCCAAGUGAGUUGUGUACCUGAUAUUAAUAUACCGGCCUCACAUAGGCGGAAGGUGAUAGGUGCAACCACGGAGAAUCCGUCCUUCAAGCUUACGGGAGCUUUGCUCAGUCGGUGUCGCGUUUUUGUCCUUGAACGCCUAACAGACGACGAUGUACGAGGCAUUAUCAGUGGCGCGAUGUCUCGUGUUUGCAGCAACGACGAUGAGUCCUCCCACGCGCCCUCCAGCCCCAUUGGCGAUCCUUCUAGCUCUCAACUACCCUCGUCUCAGCUAUCCUCGUCUCAGUUAUUACCAUCUCAGGAUCCCGAUGCUGCGGUACCUUAUCCGUCUUACCCACAAUUAACCAGUCGAGUUGUAGCUUCGAUAGUGUCCCUAGCGUUCGGUGACGCACGGACCGCUCUUUCGCUGUUAGAACUCGUACUUUCCUCCCGCAAAGACACGAAGGAAGAUGCCAUUCUUAACUCACUGCGGCAAUCUGUGUCUACCUCGUAUGACCGCACAGGCGACAGUCACUACGACAUGAUUUCUGCGUUGCAUAAAAGCGUGCGGGGCAGUGACGCCAAUGGCGCUGUGUAUUGGCUCGCGCGUAUGCUGACAGCGGGGGAAGACCCAGUGUAUAUCGCCCGGCGUAUGGUUGUUUGUGCCAGCGAGGACAUCGGGUUGGCAGAUAACCACGCUUUGCCCCUGGCGAUGGCGGCUCUCCAGGCCUGUCAAAACAUCGGCAUGCCCGAAUGCAGGAUAAAUUUAGCACAUGUGGUGGUUUAUCUCGCUGAAGCUCCCAAAUCGACUCGUUCAUACCAGGCAUACAACCGGGCCGAAGCGGCAGCGAAACACGAUCCCACUGCGCCCGUCCCCCUCCAGGUUCGCAAUGCGCCAACGAGGCUGAUGGAGGAACUCGGCUACUCUGAAGGAUAUAUGUACAAUCCUGACUAUCUACACCCGGUCCAUAACGAUUAUCUACCUGCUUCGCUCAGGGAUGAACAUUUCGUGCGACCGGCCCAAGACACCACCGACAAGGUAUGGGACGAGGCUGCACUAGUCCGGUGGGAACAGGAGCGCAACGGGAGACGUCCGUGGUCAGGCCGCGAUCGAGCUGAUGAAAGCACCAGUAAUGAUUCCGGGCCAUCGCGGAACUCGGCAUCCCCGCAAAAACCGCCUGAACCAUAACUCAUAAUGACCACAAGGUGCAUGGAUGCUAAUGCUGUGGCACGGGAAAGCAAAUGGAAGUUCGAGUUAGGAUGCUUCUUAGAAAGUCGAAUUACGAUAUACCAAACAAUUUAUGCAGCAUAGUUGUAAACGUAUCGGGAGCCGGCAGUCAGAUGCUCACCACGGCGGUUGCUUACAUGUGGGCUCACUCUAGUGUAUGGCCUUGUGUGGCUCCCGCAGAUUGAGGCAGAAGGUGGUGGAGGCCCAUGUGCUUUCCGGUGGCUUACUGCCGUUCUCAUCAUACUUAGAAUCCUGUCCCGCAAGGAACCUGCGCGUCAGUGCACGUCAGACAAGAUAAGAAUAGCUGU